GCCACUGGAAGGAUGCGAGAGACCUAGGGCGGAGGGCCUGAGGCGGCAGAUCUGAACUUGAGGAGGAUAUAACCCAAACUUUAACUACAUCAGUCCGCACCUCACGCGUGGAAGCAAAGGACGGGUUAUCUUUUUAAAUUUUUUUUUCACCAGAGAGACUCAAACUUCGGCACUUGAUCCCUUUUCCUGGAUUGCUUUGGAGGAGACGGUUUGGUGACAACGUUGGGAACAGUGAGGACAGCGUUGUAACUCAUUUUUAAAGCGACGGUAGAUCAGACUUUUUAAAUGUUUGGGAUCCAAGAUACUUUAGGAAGAGGACCAGCUCUGAAAGAGAAAUCGCUGGGCGCCGAGAUGGAUUCGGUCAGGUCCUGGGUCCGGAAUGUCGGCGUGGUGGACGCCAGUGUCGCUGCGCAGAGCGGAGUAGCCCUCUCCCGGGCCCACUUUGAGAAGCAGCCUCCUUCCAACUUGAGGAAAUCCAACUUCUUUCACUUCGUCCUGGCGCUCUACGACAGGCAGGGGCAGCCGGUGGAGAUAGAGCGCACCGCCUUCGUAGACUUUGUGGAGAACGACAAAGAACAAGGCAACGAGAAGACCAACAAUGGCACCCACUACAAGUUACAGCUCCUCUACAGCAACGGUGUCCGCACGGAGCAGGACCUGUACGUAAGACUCAUCGACUCGGUCACCAAGCAGCCCAUAGCUUACGAGGGACAAAAUAAGAAUCCGGAAAUGUGCCGAGUUCUCCUGACACACGAAGUGAUGUGCAGUCGAUGUUGCGAAAAGAAAAGUUGUGGCAACCGAAAUGAGACUCCUUCAGACCCUGUCAUCAUCGACAGGUAGGGGGAAAAAGUGAUUUAAAAAAAACUGUUUCUGGUUUCUUUCCUUUAGAAUCUCAACUCUGAGUGUGGAUCACUGGGCUUUGCCGUAAGGUUGGUUUCAUUUUAUCUUCAAGGCUUGGAGCUGGUCCAACAUGUGUUUUCUUGUUUUGGUUGGCCUUUCUUGGAAGAAGUCAGAACCUUCCUUUUUGAACAUAUGUCUCUAAAUCUAUGAUGGGAUUAUUUUCCAGGUGCACUGACUUAAGCCUAAUAAGGCGUGUGUGGAUGGUAAAAGAUGGUAAAGGAUGACAUCUCUCCCAUCUGGCAGGAUA